AUCUGAAAGAGACGUUCCCCAACUGGAUCUGUGUGAGAUGUUCUCUGGAGAAUCCGAUGGUGAUGUUCCCCAUAUCGAUCUGUGUGGGGUAACGUCAGGAGGCUCUGCAGGGGACGUUCCCCAGGUGGAUCUGCAUGGGAUGCCCUCAGGAGGAUCUGAAGAGGAUGUUCCCCAAGCGGAUCUGCGGGGGACGUUCUCUGGAGGGUGGGAAGGGGUGGACAUGCAGCAGCAGGGGGACCCUCCAGUGAGGAGCCAGGGGAAGCCAGCCCAGCAUGGCAGCCUCCCUGCACUGGCCCCGGAGAAACCUUACAAGUGCUCGGUGUGCGAUAAAAGCUUUGGGCAGAGCUCCCACCUCAUCCAACACCAGGUGUCGCAUACGGGCGAAAAGCCUUAUAAAUGUCCCGAGUGUGGCAAAGGCUUCACCUGGAGCUCAGCGCUGGCCCAGCACCGGCGCAUCCACCGCGGCGAGAGACCUUUCGUCUGCCCGGACUGCGGCAAAAGCUUCAGCCAGAGCUCCAACCUGAGCACCCACCGGCGCACCCACACGGGCGAGAAGCCGUUCGUCUGCCCGGACUGCGGGCGCGGCUUCAGCCAGAACUCCAACCUGGCAGCCCACCGGCGCACCCACACUGGCGAGCGCCACUACCGCUGCUACGACUGCGGGCGGGGCUUCCUGGAGCGGGCGGCGCUGGCCGAGCAUCAGCAGGGCCAUGCCGGGCAUCGGCCCUAUACCUGCGGGCAGUGCGGCAAAGCCUUCGGGCAGAGCGCCAAGCUGGCCCAGCACCAGCGCAUCCACACCGGNAAGACUGGGAGAAUGUAA